AAUAGACUCCUCCUGUAGGGGAUUCCCCUCAAACUCCACGCGUUCUUUGCACUGGGUUUUAGCUUUGCUGAAAAUCCACGUUUUGUUGUGUUGUUUUGGCCAGGUGUGUGUGAGAGACUUCAAAACAUCGCAGCAAGAGUAGCAAGAUUAUAGGUUGGGGAGAGGAGGUCGGCAAAUUAGAUUAUCACAAGAGAGAGAGAGGACAUGGCAGACAAUACCGAAAGCCAAGAUUUUGCUGAGCUCUGGGAGCGGAACCUCAUGUUGGAGCCUAUACAAACACCAGAAGGUGGCCAUUGUUUCUCAUCAGUCUAUGAUGAGCAGUACCUUCCGGACUCAUUCGAUCCAAAUAUUUUUGAUGUUAUCACUGAGCAGCCUCAGCCAUCCACUUCCCCACCAACCUCCACCGUCCCGGUUGCCAGUGACUACCCUGGAGAUCAUGGCUUCAAGCUGAGAUUCCCACAGUCCGGCACCGCCAAAUCUGUCACUUGCACAUACUCUUCGGACCUGAAAAAGCUCUUUUGCCAGUUGGCAAAAACUUGUCCUGUUCAGAUGGUGGUGGACUCACUCCCUCCCCAGGGUGCAAUGCUCAGGGCGACAGCCAUAUACAAAAAGUCUGAGCAUGUGGCUGAGGUGGUCCGCCGAUGCCCCCACCAUGAGAGGACCCCAGAUAGUGAUGGACUGGCUCCUGCUGCACACCUAAUCCGAGUGGAAGGAAACUCUCGUGCUGAUUACAAGGAAGAUCAUGUCACCUCCAGACACAGUGUAGUUGUACCCUAUGAACCUCCACAGUUGGGAGCAGAGUGCACUACUGUCCUUUAUAAUUACAUGUGUAACAGUAGCUGCAUGGGUGGGAUGAACCGCCGACCCAUUCUGACCAUUAUCACCUUGGAGACUCAGGAUGGCCAGUUGCUGGGCCGUAGGUCUUUUGAGGUGCGUGUGUGUGCGUGCCCAGGCCGAGACCGAAAAACUGAGGAGAGCAACUUUAGAAAAGAGCAGGAGGCCAAAACCAUGGGAAAGACCUCCUCUGCCACCAAACGAAACUUUAAGGAGUCAUCCUCAUCUACUCCACGCCCUGAGGGCAGUAAGAAGGCCAAAGUAACACUGUGUAACAGCAGUGAUGAAGAGAUCUAUAACCUGCAGAUCCGUGGUAAGGAGAGAUUUGAGAUGCUUAAAAAGAUCAAUGAUGGUUUGGAAUUGAGCGACAUAGUGCCUCCAUCUGACUUGGACAAAUACCGUCAAAAAUUUGUCUCCAAGACCAAGAAAGAGAAGGAUGGCCAGGCUCCUGAGCCCAAACUAGGAAAGAAACUGAUGGUGAAGGAUGAGAAGAGUGAUUCUGAUUAAGAUUGAGGGAUGUUGAGAAAGAAAUGUGGAAAAACGUUUUUACUCCACUGUCUUUUGCCUUUUUUGCUUUACAGUAGAACUACGUGAUCCCCCAGUCCUAUGUGUCAUUGUUUAUCUUGUUCACUUCAUCAGAACCUUUAUAAGUUGGUUAACACAUAAAAGCAGCAUGUGAAUGAGGCUAGAACAGCUGGGUGCUUAGGGUGUAUUGUGUUACAUCUGCACUGAAGGAGCAAUACUGGCCCAUCGUGUGAGUGAAUGUCUCUGUAGCCCAUGGGGCACUGUAAUGAGAUAAAAAGGCCUGUCUAUGUUCUCAUGCAGUCAGCACAGUGUGUGGGAUUUAUCCUGCUGUAGGUCAGUGCAGGUCACUUGCCUCCCAAUACUUAGUUUCUAUCAUCUGGUAGAGUUGUAACUGGAAAAACAGUUUCUCAGUAUUUUCAAGGACUACUAAGUCAGUCUGAAUUGGGAUUUAAUGGCCAUUUUGUUUCAAAUUUACCAAUUGUUGUCAGUAUUUUGUAACCUGCUUUCAGAUGAAGUUUUGGUUAGAUUUUGAAUUAAAUGCAACCUUUAGAACUGGUUACUAGCUAUUAACUGUAAUGAAACACACAAAGCAAUGGUAUGGUGUGGAAUACACAAUCUGUAAUUGUUUACAGCACCACUUGAAUGACAUGGAUUGACUUCAUUGAACCUUUAAAGGAACUGUUGUUAUUGUCUAAAAAUUUUGUGCAACCAAUAACAUCCUGCCAUUUGAAAUACAUAUUGAUUACUCUAGUGAUUUGUUGUUUUAAAUAAUAUGACCAUGAACUCAUGGUUUGCAAAUCAAUUGACUUGUUUUGUUUGUGGCUAUAUGUCUAAAUACAGUGGCAUGUAAAAGUUUGGGCACCCUUGUUAAAAAUUUCUGUUGCUGUGAAUAGCUAAUUGAGCAAAAGAUGGCCUGAUUUUCAAAAGGCUUAAAGUUAAAGAUGACACUUUUUUUUAAUAUUUAAUAUUACUUUUUUAUAUUCAUUUUUACAGUUUCAAAAUAACAAAAAAGGAAAAGGGCCCAAAGCAAAAGUUUGGGUACCCUGCAUGGUCAGUACUUAGUAACACCCCCUGGCAAGUAUCACAGCUUGUAAAAGCUUUUUGUAGCCAGCUAAGUGUAUUUCAGUUUUUGUUUGGGGGAUUUUCGCCCAUUCUUCCUUGCAAAAGGCUUCUAAUUCUGUUAGAUUCUUGGGCCGUCUUGCAUGCACUGAUCUUUUGAGGUCAAUCCACAGAUUUUCGAUGAUGUUUAGGUCGGGGGACUGUGAGGGCCAUGGCAAAAGAGGUAGUCCAUUGUGGAUGUUGAGAUGUGUUUAGGCUCAUUAUCCUGUUGUAGAAGCAAUCCUCUUUUCAUCUUCAGCUUUUUUACGGAUGGUGUGAUGUUUGCUUCCAGAAAUUGCUGGUAUUUAAUUUAAUCCAUUAUUUCGUCUACCAGUGAGAUGUUCCCCUGUGCCACUGGCAUCAACACAAGCCCAAAGCAUGAUCAAUCCACACCCGUGCUUAACAGUUGGAGAGGUGUUCUUUUCAUGAAAUUCUGCACCCUUUUUUCUCCAAACAUACCUUUGCUCAUUGCGGCCAAAAAGUUAUAUUUUAACUUCAUCAGUCUGCAGGACUUGUUUCAAAAAUGCAUCAGGCUUGUUUAGAUGUUAAUUUGCAAACUUCUGAUGCUGAAAUUUGUGGUGAGGAUGCAAGAAAGGUUUUCUUCUCAUGACUCUUCCAUGAAGGUCAUAUUUGUGCAGGUGUCACUGCACAGUAGAACAGUGCACCACUACUCCAGAGUCUGCUUAAUCUUCCUUACGGUCUUUUGCAGUCAAACAGGUUUUGAUUUGCCUUUCUAGCAAUCCUACAAGAGUUCUCUUUGAAAGUUUUCUUGGUCUUCCAGACCUCAACUUGAACUCCACUGUUCCUGUUAACUGCCAUUUCUUAAUUACAUUAUGAACUGAGGAAACAGCUACCUGAAAACGCUUUGCUAUCUUAUAGCCUUCUCCUGCUUUGUGGGCAUCAAUUAUUUUAAUUUUUAGAGUGCUAGGCAGCUGCUUAGAGGAGCCCAUGGCUGCUGAUUGCUGGGACAAGAUUUGAGGAGUCUGAGUAUGUAUAAAGCUUUGAAAUUUGCAUCACCUGGCCUUUCCAAAUGAUGAUUGUGAACAAGCCAUAGCCCUAACAAGCUAAAUAAGGUCUGAGACCUUGGUAAAAGUUAUCUGAGAGCUCAAAUCUCUUGUGGGGGGCCCAAACUUCUGCAUGCCACUGUAUGAGCACGAUUAAAUUGUCAUUCUCAGGGCAUAUUCAAAGUCCCUCCUUUUAAUUUUGGUACAGAUUUUUGUCUUUUUUUUUCCAUACUCGUUUUAUUAUACACACAAAUUUACCAUUACAUAUGCAUUUAUUCAUGUUUGUAGUUAGGGGUAUAUUUUUAAGAAAAUGUAAAAAAAACUAAAAUUUUGUUAAUACAGUCUUUUUAAAAGAAAAAAAAAAUGUGUCUU